AUGCCUCGGGAACGAUUCUCACGAUCGCGAAGUGGAUGUCUCGAGUGUCGCAAGAAACACCAGAAGUGCGAUGAGCAGCAACCUCUGUGUUCGUUCUGUGUCGACCGAGGACUCAAUUGCAAGUACCCCUCGGACUUCAAGUGGAUUAGGCAGACGGAGCCGUGUCUGUCAAGACACAAACCCCGCUGCAGACGAGAUCAGCCACCCGCAGAACGGAUAAAGAGGUCACCUGCAUUUGGGGAUGUCGGAUUUGGAUCUACUGAAGAGAAAGUUGCGUGGGAGUAUUAUGUGAGACUUGUAUCGUCGAACGUGCCCGCGUUAGAUGGGCCAGACAACCCCUACCGCCAAGUAUCCGUCGCAGCUCUGUCGUCGCCGAUCCUGCUCGAGACCAUCGUAUGCAUCGCGACCGAGCACAUGCUCAAUUUCGGACUGAGCAGCGUACCCGUGGCUGCAGAGCGUCAGCAGCGAAUGCUCCGAACAAUCGGACAUAACCUCGCCGUCAUCAACACGGAGACUCGCCGUUCUCUACAAAGCACCGAGGUGCAACGACACCAGGACCACGAGGCUCUUCUCACUGCCGUCGUCCUACAGGGCAUCGUGGUCGCCCAGACUGCCGAUGGAGUGCUCGAGCCGCAUAUCAAGUGCGCACUAUUUCUCAUGCAGACAUUGAAUCGUUUUCACCAAAUCCCGGAGAGUCCGCUCGCACGCAUGACAGCUCAGCGCUUCGCUAUGGUUGAUGUGAUGCUGGCCAUCUCUCGACAACGUCGACCAUAUGCGCCUCGGGAUUUUGUGUUACAUCAGCCCGAUGGCCCGCGGUGGGAUCUGACGGAGCCCUCGUUUCACAAAAUGACGGGCUGUCCUCAGCCCUUGAUGUGUUUUCUUGUGCGAGUGUCCCAUCUGGCCUGUGAUGUGGACGAGGGACUUGAGCAGGGUGCGUCUAUGGACAGUAUUCUCGGUGAAGCAUUUUGCCUAGAGAAUGAGCUUCGUGCUUGGGGAUUGCGGUACACGGGGAUGAUCACCGACGGCUCUCCACCACUCGAUAUUCUUACAGAAUGUUUCUACUGGACCGCCCAUCUGCUGCUCGCACGCCGCGUGUUCCGGGACGCCACCUGCUCGGCUCGGGUACAGCACUUGUCGCAUACCUGUUUUCGCCUGAUGGACCACCUAUACACCGGCUGCGGGCCCGAUUCAUCUCUCCCACAACCCUUCUACCUGGCCGCCCGAGAAGCCGUCACGCCGACCGAUCGUGACUGGGUGCGACGGAAGCACGAGGAGAUGACGGCGUACUACCGCGAGCAACAGCGCAAUCUGGCGAUGUCGCUGACGGAGCAGAUCUGGCAGCAGACCGACACAUCGGCGACUCCGGAGGGGGCGAUCAAGGCGCUGGACCGGGAGUCGUGCUUGUUUAUAUUUUGA